AUGUAUCAAAACCAGAAACAAUUCUCGCCAACUUAUGACCAAAUAGUUAGUCGCAGUAAGUUGCACUUGACUAGUAAUUACCUCUUUAGUGGAACCAAGUUAGAUUUGGCCAAGGGAGUCUUUAAGAAUGGAUCUAUUUCUCUUUCUAACUCAGAACACGGUUUGAAUCUCAACUAUACUUUGGCGACUUGGCAGCGAUCUUUGGCCGCAACUAUCUAUGGGAAUGGAGCUAUACUAGGGAAAAUCAUGCCGGGUAAUGAUGAUAAUGGUAUGUUUGCUACGUACAUGAAAACGCCUGGGGAGAAGGAGUAUUUAGAGGUCGGUGGAGUGCGAUCCUGGGGUUGGGGAGCCAUGUCAGUUAAAGUUUUAGCACCAGAGUUUAGAUUGGAUAAGGCAGAAGGAGUAGCUGCUGUGUCUAAAGUCUUAUUCCAGGAGCAGAGUAGAGUGUUUGGAAAAUUACUUGGGCCACGUCAUAAUUUCAAAAACAUUUCCUGGUUGGGUAUUCACCAGAAUGUAACGGGAAUUUUAGGCCGAGUAAAAGAGUCGUUCCAGGAAGGUUUGUUUUCUGGGAGUGCAGUUCUUUCUAUUCUGCCUUCAUUCCAAGUGGGGAUGGAACAUCUCUUUUCCCUGCAGAAGAAAGGAGGGGCGGAAAGUAGUGGAUUUAGUAUGGGUCGGGUUUCAACUUAUAUUGCCCGUAAGACUUGUGCUCGAGGCAGUGUCUUGGGUAUGGUGCAAAGUACGGGUGUUGUUGGUCUGUCUAUGGAGAGAGAGUUAGAGGACGGGCCAGUGGUUUAUGCCGAUGUAUCGAUGGAUGUAGCUGGAGUGAGAAGUAAGACGAAAGCUUUGAUGAGUGCUAUGUCCGGGAGUAUGGGACUCUUUGUUCCGGGAGCUACUGCUAAUACGCGGGUAGGUUUAUCGACAGACGGUACAAUUGCGGCCGUUUCUGAUAUUCAAGUGGGUGAUGGAGCUUCGCUUAAUCUCAGUGCCCAACUUACAGCGGCCGGUGCUUCUAUUCUCGGCCUUGGAUUUACUGUCUCGGGGUAA